AUGUGGGCAGCAGCGGCGUCGAUCGUGUCCCGCGCCACGUGGGCCGACUGGGCGCUGCUGGCGGCCGGGCUGCUGCUGGUGCUGUACGUCGCCGGCACGUGGAACUACGACCACUUCCAGCGCCAGGGCGUGCCCUCCUCGCGGCCCAAGUGGCCCUUCCUGGGCGACACGGGCGCCGCCUUCGUGGGCGGCCGGCCCUUCUUCCAGAUGCUGCGCGACCAGUACGAGAAGGGCGCGGGCCACGGCGUGUACGGUGUCUUCGAGUUCACGUCGCCCGUGCUGCUCAUCCGAGAGCCCGAGCUGCUGAAGGCGGUGGCCGUCAAGGAGUUCGACAGCUUCACCAACCACCCCACGGUGCAAGUCGGGGACGCGGAUCCUAUUUUCAGCAAGAACCUCUUCCACCUCAAAGACCAAGACUGGAGAGACAUGCGAGCCACUCUGAGUCCCGCAUUCACAACCAGCAAAAUUAAAACCAUGUUCUUGCUCAUUUCGGAAUGCGCGCAGCAGAUGACUGAGCACUUAAGGAAAAAAUAUGCGGAGAGCGACGAAGGAAGCCUGAAUAAACCACUUCCCUUCGACAUGAAGGACCUCUUCAGCCGAAUGGCGAACGACGUCAUCGCCACAGCGGCAUUCGGUGUCAGAUGCGACUCCCUCAAGCAGCCUGAAAACGAAUUUUACCGAAUGGGAAAACUAAUUACUACAAUCUCGAAACUGAGAUCGUUCAUUUUAGUAGGAUAUAUGCUGUUUCCCAAAAUCGUUCAGUGGUUCGGCGCGCGCCUGCUGGACCCGAAGGCCGCGGGCUUCUUCGACUCGCUGGUGCACGAGACGAUCGGCCAGCGCCGCCAGCAGGGCAUCCAGCGGCUCGACAUGCUGCAGCUGCUCAUGCAGGCGCAGGAGGGGAAGCUCAAGGCGGAGAAGGAGGACGCGGCGGAGGCAGAGGAAGUGGGCGCCUCCAAGACGAAAUUGCUUCUGAACGAGGACGUGUCUGCACAAGCCGUUCUCUUCUUCUUCGCUGGCUUCGACACGGUGUCCUCGGCGCUCUGCCUGUCCACCUACGUUUUAUCUCACCACCAAAACGAGCAGAAGCGCCUUUACGAAGAAGUUGCUGCAGUUAUGGAGAAAACGGGAGGGAAACCUACGUACGAAGCCGUGCAGGGAAUGAAGUAUCUCGACGCAGUCGUUAGCGGUCAACGUUUCGGAUUAAUAGAAGUGAAGAUAGCGCUGGUGUACCUCCUGGCCAACUUUGAGUUGCUCCCAAGCGCUAAAGCGAAAUACCCUGCGGAAUUUGAACCGGGCUUUAAUUUGAUCAUUAAAGGAGAGCAUUUUAGAAUGUAUCCACCCAAUCCAACAAUAGAUCGUGUCUGCCAAAAAGACACUCCUCUACCAGGUACUUCAACAUCCAAAGCUAUUACCCUUACGAAGGGAACAAUCCAUAUAAUUGCCCAUUACGUGGAUCAACCAGAAAAAUUCUAUCUUGAACGAUUCAAUGAUGAAAAUAAACACAAAAUCAAGCCUUAUUCGUAUGUGCCAUUCGGUAGAUUCGCUUUAAUCGAAAUAAAAGCGGCGCUAGCACACCUGUUAAGCGCCUUUGACCUGCACCCGACCGCCAAGAUGGAGUACCUUGUGCGGUUCAAGUCCAGCAUGAAUCUCCUCGCUAGAGGAGGCUUUUGGUGCGGACUCUCGCCGCGGGAGUCGUGGACUUACAGUUUCGAAUUAGCCGCCAUCUGCAUUUGCACCGCCAAGCCGGGCCCACAGAUGUAA